CAUGAAGUCGCCAUAUUCGUUCCACCUCGCCGAACGACCAGCCGUCGUGGAGGUGGAAGAAAGUAACCCCGCGACAAUAAUGACUCGGUGAUAACUCAGUGCUUCCAAGACAGAGCUCGCGACAGCCAUGCGGCUCCUUCUCGCGACCCUCGCCGUGUGCGCGGCUUUAGGUAGUUGUUCGAAAUUAAAGGGACUUCCGAUUAACCGUAAACAAAAAAUAAUUUCAUCGUUACGCGGCCAAGAUUCCAAAUUUCCAUUGCUUUCGCCGGAGAAGCAGUUUGAAUAUUUGCUUUACAUUAAAAAAGUUCCUAAAGGUUUCAAGCAACCUACCUAUACGAUCAGUGAAUAUGCGAAGUUAUUUUCGAAUUUAAUUACAGGAGUGCAAGGAAAGCACAGAAAUAAGAAACAUGUGCUAAGCAAAAGAAGCACCAGUAAUUUAAAGUGUCAUGAAAAUGGAAGAUUUUACAGAAACCCGGAUCGCACGGAAGAAGCAAUGUGGACAAAUGACGAGUGCGCCAAAUAUUACCUGUGUCUCCAGAAUGAGGUCUUCGAGUUUCGAUGUUCUCCGGGCCUACUUUUUGACGUGAACAGGCAACUUUGUGACCAGGCGCAGAAUGUUCACAACUGUGACGUGACUACUGAGACACAUAUCCCGAAGCCUCUGCUGGAAAACGGCUCGUGCGCCAACGAGACGCACCUCGCCUGUGCUAACGGGAACUGUGUUCCUGCGGAGUACUUCUGCGAUGGAUCCAACGACUGCGCAGACUCCUCUGAUGAAGGCUGGUGCGACGUGCAGUACGACCCUAAUUCUGCGGCGCCCUGCGACACGGGACUGUGCCAGUUGCCGGACUGCUUUUGUACCAAAACUGGGACUGAAAUCCCUGGCGGUUUAGUUCCAAAUCAGACUCCUCAAAUGAUCACCCUGACCUUCCACGGCCCAGUGAACCACGAGAACUGGGACGUGUUCACAAAACACUUGUUCACUCCUGAGCUCCGAAAUCCAAACGGCUGCAACAUAAAGGCGACAUUCUUCAUCCCGCACCAAUAUACCAACUACAGGCACGUGCAAAAGUUGUGGAACGAGGGGCAUGAGAUCGCUGUCAACUCUAUUACGAAUCGCGGUCCCGAAGAAUGGUGGUCCAAAAACGCCACUGUAGAGGAUUGGUUCGAUGAAAUGGUCGGUCAAGCGAACAUAGUCAACAGAUUCGCUAAAGUACGCAUGGAAGACUUCAGGGGCCUCCGCGUGCCGUACCUGUCGCUGGGCUGGAACCGUCAGUUUCUCAUGAUGCAAGAGUUUGGCUUCGUGUACGAUGCAACGGCGGUCGCGCCGGUGUCGGACCCGCCGUACUGGCCGUACACGCUCGAUUAUAAAAUGCCGCACAAGUGUUCCGGAAACCAGUACUGCCCAACGCGGAGCUACGCCGGCCUAUGGGAGAUGCCCAUAAACCCAUUCCUGAACGAAGGAGGAAAGGAAGGCGACGAAGUGUGCACGACCCUGGAACACUGCCCCAAGCUGACUGACAAAGAUGUGUAUGAUGUCCUGGUCAGCAACUUCAAAAGACAUUAUCUGAAGAACAGGGCUCCAUUUGGCAUUCAUUUGAAUGCGACGUGGUUGAAGAAUGCUGAAUAUUUGCAUGCAUUUAAGAAAUUUAUUAGUGAAUUAAUGAAACUACCAGAUGUCUACUUCGUGACAAACAAACAAGCUAUUGAAUGGAUGAAGCGGCCAACGCCAGUGCUCCAUACGAACAAGUUUGAGCCGUGGCAAUGCAAAAAUCACAGUUUGGAGGAUGUUGAAUAUGCCUGCCACAAACCAAGGACUUGUAAACUACAGUCAAAGGUUCUACAGCAUGAUAAAUACAUGAUAACCUGUCAGGGUUGUCCACAGAGCUAUCCAUGGAUAAGAAAUGAGUUUGGACUAGAUUAAUAUUUAAAAAGAAUGUACCAUCAUUGACACAGUUAAUUGACUAUUUAUAUAACUUGUUGCAACUAUGCUUGCCACA